AUGCUGUGCUGCAUAAGAAGAACCAAACCGGUGGAGAAGAACGAGGACGCCGACCAGAAGAUUGAACAGGAUGGCACCACCAACAAACCUGAAGAUAAGGCCCACAAGGCUGCCACCAAAAUACAGGCAAGCUUCCGUGGACACAUAACUCGGAAAAAGAUGAAAGAUGGAGAUGAAGAGAAGGAAGGAGACAGUCCUGCUGGUGCAGAGGAGGCGACAGAGGGAGGAGACGAGGUCAAGAAAGCAGACGGAGAGGAGGCACCUGCAAAGGAGGAGGAGGCUGCAGGAGAGGAGACCAAGAAGGAGGAGGAAACAAGCCAGGCCAAGAGCCCAGUGGCGGACAAGCCUGCUAAUUCUCCAGCAGCUGCUGCUGCUGCUUCUCCUGCAGGCGCAGCAACGUCUCCCGUCGCAGCCGCCCCAGCUGUUGCAUCUCCUACGGCCGCCACAGCGCCCUCUGAGCCCCAGAAAGAGGAGCCAAAGGCUGAGGAGAAAGCUGAGGAGAAGCCCAAAGAGGUAGAGGCCCCAGUGGCGCCAGCCAAGACUCCCACCAUAGCCACAGCUGAGGAGAAGAAGGAUGAGGAGAAGAGUGAAGUGAAGAAGGAGGAGGCCAGACAAGCCGACGUGCCUGCUGCUGUCAGCCCGACAGCUGAGAAGGAAGAGCCUAACCAAACAAAAGAAGAUGCUGCAGAGGAGUCUAAAGCAGAGGAGGCGACCCCAGUGGACACAGCGGCGGAGGCCACCGAGUCCAAGGACGACUAA